AUGCUGCCCAAGGCAAGCCUUCUGUUUGUCGCGUCACUCCUGGCGGCGUUGCCUGUCAACGCCGAUGGAAUCUACACCAAAAACUCGCCGGUGCUGCAACUAAACCCCAAGACCUACAACUCGCUCAUCGCCAAGUCAAAUCAUACUUCAAUCGUCGAAUUCUACGCCCCCUGGUGCGGUCACUGCCAGAACCUGAAACCUGCCUACGAGAAAGCCGCGAAGAACCUCGACGGACUUGCCAAAGUCGCAGCGAUCAAUUGCGACGAGGAUGAAAACAAACCCUUCUGCGGGCAAAUGGGCGUGCAGGGCUUCCCGACCCUGAAGAUCGUGACGCCCUCGAAGAAGCCCGGAAAGCCUCGCGUGGAGGACUACAAGGGCGCUCGCACCGUCAAAGGAAUCGUCGACGCGGUCGUCGACCACAUCCCCAACCACGUCAAACGCGCAUCCGACAAGGAUUUGGACAAAUGGCUCGGACAGGACGAGGACCGACCCAAGGCCAUCCUCUUCACCGAGAAGGGCACAACCAGCGCACUCAUCCGUUCCCUGGCCAUCGACUUCCUCGGCGCGAUCGACAUCGCGCAAGUCCGCAACAAGGAAACAGCCUCCCUCAAGAAAUUCGGCGUGACCGACGUCCCCGCCCUCGUUCUCAUUCCCGGCCCCGACGCUGAACCCAAGAUCUACCAAGGUGACUUGAAGAAGAAGCCCAUCACCGAGUUCUUGAGCCAAGCAGCAACUCCCAACCCCGACGCGUCAGGCCGUGCCGCCGCAGACUCGAAGCCGAAGCCGAAGCCGAAGUCCAAGAAGUCUAAGCCCGCCUCCAAGCCUACCUCUGUCGCCGACGAGCCGGACGUCGAGCCCACAGCCUCCGAGGACCAGGACCCAACAGCCAAGCCUGCACACGUUCCUAUUCCAGCUCCCCCAAUCCCCACCCUUUCCACCCCCGAGUCCAUUGAGGCUUCCUGUCUUGCCCCGAAAUCCGGCACUUGUGUCCUUGCGCUGCUCCCAGCCAGCGAACCCGAGGCCGCGAUCCCACAAUCCGUCGCCGAUGCUCUCGCUAGCCUUGCUGAUAUUGGACACAAGCAUGCUCAGCGCGGGGCCCAUCUGUUCCCGCUGUAUGCAGUGCCUGAUACCAACAGUGGCUCUGGCGUGCUGCGUGCAGCCUUGGGCUUGCAAGCUGACGAUGCCCAGACUGUUCAGCUUAUUGCGCUGAAUGCUCGUCGUGGAUGGUGGCGUCGUUACAGUGUCGAGGACUUCGGCGCUGUGGCUGUCGAGUCUUGGAUUGAUAGCAUUCGGCUUGGAGAGGGUACGAAGGAGAAGUUGCCUGAGGGCGUGGUGAUUGGGGCUGAGCCGCAGGCCGAGGAGCCUGUUGCUCAACCUGAAGCUGAAGCCGAGGCGGAUGCUGAGAGUGUUGAGCCGGAGGCUGAGGAGGCUGAGGCGCAGGCCGUUGAGCAUGAUGAGUUGUAA